CAGCAACACCACCACCAGAGUGAGGUACGCGGGUUUCGCACGUGUCUUGCGGUCGCGGAGCUUCAGGGAAUCAUGUCCUGCCGCUGAGAAGCCAGUCGCCCCACUUCUUGCCCUCUGGCCAUGCUCGCCUUCCAUCGAGUCACCUUUCAGCGGCGACCGUAGGCAAGAUGGGUGCCACGACCAUCCAGGAUGCGAAGCGUGCCCCAACUAUCCAGGAUGCGAAGCUCCUCCUCGAAGAAACAAACAUCACGACUCGCAGAAAAGGCCUGGACGACCUCAUCCACAUCCUCCAACACAACCGCGGCAAGCCCAGCUUGGAGGCACUUGGAAACAAGGCGUAUCUGGCGCUAUGCGAGGCAUUAUUCCAAUUUCUGAAAGAUGAACGCGUGAAAGUCCUUAAGAGCACGGCCAAGAAAGCGACAGAACCCAGCAAGAAUCUCACAAAAUGCGCAAUCGCCUUGCGGCUCGUCAUAGCUGCUGGCAUACGGACAGUCAGAAGCUCGACAGUCGAGGCUAUCAUUGACACCAUCAUUGAAGUCUUGCCCAACAGGGACCCCCCGCGCGUGAAAUCGCUACUCCAAGAUCUCCCAAAGACCCUGCGCUUGUUACUCGACUACCAACCGCACGUUGAGCGCCUGUCUUUAGCCUGCUGGAAAGCUGCCGUCGACUUCUGCAUCGACUCCUUGGCUGGCUCGUCGACAGGAGCCGAAGAGGAAGCGUCCAACAGCUGGAGCACCAAUGUCUCGAGUCGCGGUCGCACUCCCUUUGAGUCCACUGAUGCGUCCAUGGCAAGAGGCAGUCCCCGAGAGCCUGUCGCACGUAUCCAAUCAGUAACUGACGAAUUUUCCCACUUCACUGAAGACUUCAUUCAAUGCCUGCUUUCACUGGUCAAAGCAACCAAUGCGCCUGUCUCAGGUAAAGCUGAAGCAAUCAUGACGGCACUCCUGUACUUCUUGAAGCGGAGGAGUGGGCGUGGCAGCGUCGCCGCAGCUGCUAUGGCUGGAAUCAACGCUGUCCUUGCCCGCACAGCCUUGCAAAUGCUGGAUUUGUCGAAGCGCAUCAUAAAGAGCUUGCUACCCUUGAUGAACGUCAUGUGGACCGAGCAAUUGCUUCGUGAUGAGAUCUUGAUUACAUUGACGUACACAGAAGCUCACAUUUCAAGCCUUGUCGCCGAUGUCGAAGACACAACAACAUGUGUCGCCCUUGAGGUAGUACUGGAAACGAUGUAUACAGACUACCGAACGAGGAAAGAGACCACGAUGCACCAGUAUCUCGAAGAAGAUCAUCUCUGCUUCCGUCACAUCGGCGCAGCUGAUGCAAGUAGUCAUCCCCUCAGUACUUUGGCAUUCUCUAUGGAAACUGAACACGUAAAGCCUGAAGGCUUGUGGAGUACUGUCCACGCCAUUGCACGCUUCUCGUCUAUGCUCGAUGAACGAAAACGAAAGGUCGCACACGACCGCAGAAUAAACGGUGAGAGUCUCUCAAAACGCGCCCGUACUGAUCUGUCAUUUGAUGAAUACACUCGGCACAUCUCAGAGCCGCGCUCGAACGCUAAACGAGCGGCGCUUCAGAUAAUCUCCUUCUCGAUCCAAGAAGGACCUGUCGAUGAGGACAGGCUCCAGACUGUGAUGGACAAGCUUCACACGUGCAUGUCGGAGGAGAACGUAACGCACUCCACCUGGGCGAUGGUUGCUUUGGCUGCUGCCGCAUUUCAAGCGACCGCAAAACAUCACACGCUCCUGCCGUCCUGGAUCUCUGCAUGGCAGACUGCAGCUCGGGCUGUUGCCUCACCUUCAUUGUCUCGGCCGGCGUGUCAUUUGAUGAACGUCCUACUGAAAGUCGGAAUCGUACCGUUCACUGCCGUUUCUGACACCAUCCAAUCCAUGCUCAUCUCCAUCGAACUGACGGGGCCUUCAUCACUCACAGAUUCAAGCUCGUCUUUGCUGACAGCCAUUUUGCGCGAGCGUAUGAAGGAAAACCCGACUCAUUUCAAUCAGAGUGCCGAGAGGAUAAUAAGCUGGCUGGUCAGCAUGUGGACACCUAGUCUCUGGGAUCAGAGGUUGUACGCUGCAACAAACGCGCAUCAUUGCAACGCUCGUGAUAUCUUGCAGAUCGUGUAUGCUUGUUUGGACGUGCCACCCAAUCUUCCGGAGCCAACGCUUAUUCUGGUUCUUGGACCUAUCUCUCAAGCCUGUUCGUGGAAAGCUCGGUACCACACUCUCACGAAUUAUCUCCUAUUGCUGGAGGAUGGAUUGCCUUUCCUGACACAGAUGCCUGCAGAGCCACCUGUGUCGCAUUUUUCCAUCACCGAGCAUCAGCCAACCAACAUGGAGAUUAAAAUCCUGGAAUACUGUCUAUCAGAAGUCGACAGAACCACAGAGCGAUGGCAGGAAGCCACACAAUCAAACGUUCAGAGCAUUACCUCUGACAUGAUGCGCAUCGUCACCAACCUCUGCAUCGUCGCGCCUGCCAUUGCCAGCCUCAGCGAUCUUCAAGACCGCCGAGUGAUUGCCCUCGAGUCCUCCACCGACAAGCUAGUGCACGCCCUCGUAAGUACGUUGUCCAAACCCCAGAUCGAGCAGUAUAAGAUCGACGCUGUCCUUGAGACGUGCGCCAAAAGCCUACCUGAUGUGAGGUCCUACAGCAAACUCGGUCACACUGUCUUUAAACGGACCGGUGUCACCAUCAUAUCCCGGCAUCUGUCUAAGGCUUUGGGCGAUCGCAUUGAGGUCAAGCAGUCUUUCUACACGGAUGAUGAUGACUUCAUGGACAUUGACAAUGGAGACGAUUCUCAGAUGACUACGAAUUCAGCGAGUAUGAACGACGAUGUGCCGCGACACACGGUACAGGCAGAGACGGAUAUUGCUGCACUACGCGCAUCAACGACCUCGUACUUGCACCUAGUUGCAGCACUUUCAGAAAGGAGCGAUUGUAGCAAGGGUCUGAUCCCCUCGAGUUUCGUGAGGUAUCUCAUCUCACUGGACGAAAAGGAGUUGCUGCGCUCCCGUCAAUUUAUUCGAUCGCUUCUUCGCAGCAGUUUUCGAUUCGCACGGAUCGACUGCCUGAAUGUCCUCGAGCGACUCAGCGAUGCCCUUGUAUCUCCUCGCGCGCGUGAGUAUAACACUUCUGAGGUCGCCAAUGGGAUGCUGGUGGAAUUUCUCGUUGGCACUGCCCUAGUGUGGGGCCCGGAUGAUAAGGAUUCCGAGGCCAAGGUCCUUUACGAAAAUGUCGAAGAUAUGUACGCCUAUUAUGUCAAAGAGUUGGAGAAGAAUGGUGUCAGACGAUCGACACACCUACGUGAGAUUAUCGCUGACUACCUUUACGGUCUGCUCAAACAUCAUCCAAACUUUGGGCAAAAUCCCAAGGUGCCAUCUGUCCGAACCAGUCUCUUCGAACUCCUUUCUGAGAGCGACAUCACCGUGAAGUACCACAUCGCCGAGCGCUUGCCUUCAAUGUUCGAAGACUUUGUGCUAUCUGAGCAUGACAAGAUCCUUCAGGACGUGGACAGCAGUCUGCCUGGUGAAGAUGAUGGCCUAGAAGGGAUUGCCCUUCGACUGCUCGUGCUGUCAAAGCUGGCAUCACAAUGGCACACGUUGUUGCGCUCAAGCAUUUACCGCAUCUUUGCAACAGCUGGAUCAGUUGAGCAAGCUGCUCGACACGCUCGAAGAUGCAUUGCCAAUGUGGCGAAUUCCAGAAGUAUGGCGAGCGCGCAGCAACUCUUCCGACUUUUUGCUCCCCAGAUACUCUUCACCUGGCUGGAUCGAGGCAACACAAUCGUUUCCAUACCGUUCCUGACAUUUGGCUAUGACGCUCUGGCGGACCUUGUUCGGGACGUUGAAGCAGAAGCAGUGGGUCAGGCGAUAAUGUUCGGCCGGAAAGAUGAGCUCGAAUUUCUGGCAGAAUCAUUGGGCUCGUCCGUCAGUGAGCUGCUCUGCAGAAAUGUCAGCAAAGCAGCAGCUUACACCAUAUCGUGGGAUAUCUGCAGAGGCUAUGCUCGGGAUAAGGCACAACCGAGCUGGGCCAACCUGCUCAAGGACCUCAUGGGCAGUGAUAAGUACUUUGAUCUCGUCCAGAAACAGUUUCCACAAAUACUCGCUUGCAUACUGCAAACAAUCGAUCAAGAAGAUCGUAUCGAGAAGUCUUUCGAGAAGAAGCCUGCUUUCACGCCAGCCGCCAAAAUUUUGACAGAGAUGGUCAAUAUCAGCCAUUCGACACAGGAUCUCAACUCAGGGACGGAGCCGUCCUUCAAUGCUUUCUAUUUGCCGGACCAACUUGAGAGACUGUGCCGACGGACGGGCGACGACCCUGUUGGGUUCUGGAACCCAAGCACGUUCACAUACAUCAUGCGCGCUCUGCUGGAUCGCAUACAUCCAGCUCUGGGCUCCUUGCACGCCAGGUCCGUCAUUCGCAAAAUCAGAAUUGUCAUUGCUCUAGCUGGCCCGGUGGCUUACGAGGGAUACCCACUUCAGAUGACGCUACAGUCUCUGCGCCCGUUUCUGACGGAUAUGCAAUGCGCCGCAGAUACAGUGGGUAUCAUGCAGCAUUUGUUCGAGCGCGGCUCUCAGUACUUAAGACAGCAGCUGAGCUUUGUGACCGGCAUUGGACUUUCGAUCCUGAUAUCCAUCCGUGUUUUCCUGACCAUUGACCAAGAAAGUACUACGCAGCAGUCGCAACAUACGGCAACUAUGAAUAUGGCGAACAGGUUUCAUACCUGGCUCACUGAAUACCUGAAAUCCCACGCAGACACCAUAGCUCUGAAGGAAAGAUUGGCACCAGUUAGGGCGUUCAAAUCUAUUGUCACUGCUGCGUCGCAAGUUCGUGUGGAAGGCAACAGCAUCCGUGGCAGUGAAGAGAGCACGCUGCUUGUGGAGAUAUUAAAUGAUGUACGAUCUGGCCGCAAACUCCUCAAUAGAACAUCUCGCGAGGUUGCAUUGAACUUGCUAUGUCAACGCUUCCAGCUUGCCGCAACAGCUCGUGAGGAUGUUCUUGGCGAGGAUCAGGAUGCUUCCGACUAUGCUGGACUCGUUUGGGAAUCCUGCCGCAGACCGAACGUUGGGAGAGGUUACCUGCUAUGGGCUGCACGAGUCCUUGGACGGGCCUUCAGUGCACAGGGCGAAAUCAAACAGACAGUGCCCGCAUCUCGGCGCCUGAUACCAUCCGGCCAAUCCUCAAAAGACCCAUUGGGCAAGGUUUCCAGAGAGACGAUCAUGAGAGAGGUUGUCGAUCUUUUCUAUAGCGAUACGCGUCACGAAGUCAGCCUGGCCGAGAACGCCGUCAGAUAUAUCAUCGCUCGGGUGCCCAAAGGCGGUCAACAAUACGAGGCCGAAGUUUACGACACGGUUCCUGAUGCCGUAGGCAAGGCGCUUCUACUGAACAUCCCCAAUCCGUCCGUCUCGGCACUCAUUGCGUCCAGUGGUGACCCCCGAUCUGCAGCUGCCCCUACAGAAGACAAGGUUGUCGCCGUCUGGGUCAGAGAUCUUGCAGUCGCGCUCUGUGCGGUAGCAUCCGAGGACUCUAUACUCGGUGCUUUGCCUGCCCUUCUGCACGGCAUCGAAGGCAUGGCAGAACGCCUGUUCCCUUAUAUACUUCACCUCGUCCUGCUGGCAGAGUUUGAAGAAGACCGCAGUAUUCGGAAGGCUGUGUCAGCAGCUGCCGCGGCUUGGUUUCAAGACUGCGGUAGCAACAAGGCACCCUAUGUGCGUAUUCUUAUUCAGGCGAUUUUGUAUCUCCGCAGCCAGCCAGUUCCGAAAGAGACUACCCGAGUCGAUCGAGAUAGAUGGCUGGAGAUCAACUACCUCGAAGCUUCGCGGGCAGCAACCGCUUGCGAUAUGUACAGGAGCGCGCUGCUCUUCGCAGAAACAUCUUCGGGUCAGCCUGUGGUCAAGAGUACUUCCCGAAGAUCUUCAACCUUGGUCCCUGCUCCAACGCUACCCACAGACUUGCAGCUCGCGAUCUACAAGAAUUUGGACGAACCCGACUCGUUCUACGCCGUCGAUAGGGGCUCCAGUCUGUCAGCUGUGUUAGACCGCCUAGAUUAUGAGAGAGACGGUGUCAAAAGUCUCAUCUUCCGCGGCGCUCGACUCGACAGCCAGAUGCGUCGCCAGAACGAGCUCGGUCCCUCCGAUACACGUGGCACGGUCAAGUCACUUAUUAUGCUGAACAUGAACAGUGUGACCCACUCACUCCUCUCGACUGACCAAUUCCGUGACAAGGGAGACGACGCUGUAGAGAGCACGCUCCACACUGCUCGCAAGCUAGGACAAUGGGAUAUUAAAGCACCUGAGUCCAAUCACACCGAAUCCGCCAUGCUCUUCAAGGCCUUCCAAGGUCUUCACAUCGCCAAGACGCCAGGAGUGGCUCAGGAACAUUUCAACGAACAGAUGCUUGCUACGAUGAACUUCCUCACAGGCAGAGUCAGCUCCGCUGUGUCAACGAAAGCCCGCCUUCGCACCUUAGCGGCUCUUACAGAAGCUGACGAAGUACUGCGAGCUGAUAACCCAGAGUACUUACUAGAUGUCUGGGACCGUAUGAAAGCUCGCGAGAGAUGGAUGCGAGCCGGCGAGUUCACGGAUGUUCGCCAACUAUUGUCCUGCCGCGAGACUCUCUUCAACGUCCUGAGUACAAACAACGCUAUCAUCGACUCCUUGCACACGCGCACAGCGACAAUCCGCAAUAUGGAGGUAGAAGCAUUAGUUUCCUCUUCAUCAAUCAGCAGACGACAUGGCGCUAUUCACGAGUCAUUAGCCAGCGUGACCUAUCUGUCCGAUAUCGUGCCCAAGUGCAAGAGUGCCGGGCUGGACAUUGAAGCUACAGCUCAGCAUGAGGUUGCGAAUGUACUAUGGGAACAGGGCGAAACGGACACCUCCAUACGCAUGCGCCAAAACCUCAUCGACCAUGCCAGCUUCGACUCUCAAAAUGUAGAAUUGAGCUUGCCAGUACUGCUAGCUAGACUGGGUCAUCAUCUUGCAGAGGCUCGUCUCGCAAAACCAGAUGCUAUCAUGCAAGAGUACCUCGAGCCAGCAAUUCGAGAACUCAAAGGCCAACAGUCGGGGGCUGGACCAGGACAAGUAUUCCACGAGUUUGCUUUUUUCUGUGACAAGCAACUGCAAAGCCCAGAGGCCGCAGAAGAUUUGGACCGUGUCAAGACUGUCAUGGAACGAAAGCUGCAAGAGCACCAUGACUUCAUUAAGCUCGCAAAGACCGACAAGAGCAAAAGUAUGCGAGAGACCUACCAACGCAGUGCCCGUCGAGCAAAGACGUGGUACGAGCUUGAUCACACUGAAUAUGAGCGCAUGCGGCAAGGCCGAGAGGGGUUCCUGCGUCAGUGUCUGGAGAACUAUCUACUUUCCUUGGCCGCAAGCGAUGAGUACAACAACGAUGCGCUUCGUGUUUUCGCACUUUGGAUCGAGUAUGCCGACACGGAUCUUGCGAAUGACGCGGUCAAACAAUAUCUGGACAAGGUUCCUAGCGGCAAGUUCGCCCUGCUAAUGAAUCAACUCUCGUCUCGACUGCAGAGCGAGAACACGCCGUUCCAAAAGCUCCUCCUAAAGUUGGUAUUACGCAUCUGCAUCGAGCAUCCAUUCCACGGCAUGCACCAGAUCUUCGCCAUACAGAUGAAAGUCGGACCAAUCACAAGAGAAGACAUAGCACGCUCAAAAGACGAAGCAGCAAGAUCGCGCCAGAAAGCUGCGACAGACAUCGCGAAUGACUUGAGGGUGGACAAGCGCGCAAGAUCGUACUGGAGCUCGAUCUAUCAGUCCAACGAGAUCUACCACAACCUAGCCAUGUUCAAGGGUGAAAAGGAGAGCACCCAGCAGGGUCGUGAGCUACCCCUCGAUCGGUACAAGGAAUCAAAGGAACUGGCAAGCGCCGUGCCAAAGCUUAAUGUUCCCCCAGCUACGCUACAGAUCGAGGUUCGCCCAAACAUGGAUUACAGUGACCUUCCUCGCAUCCAGAGGUUCCGGUCAACAAUGAGCAUUGCGAAUGGUCUCAGCGCACCAAAGGUCAUCACGGCAGUGGGCAGCGAUGGCAAGCCGUACAAGCAGCUGUUCAAAUCCGGUAACGAUGAUCUUCGCCAAGACGCGAUCAUGGAGCAAGUCUUCGACCAAGUGUCUCGACUUCUCAAGUAUCACACAGCCACACGUAUUCGCGAUAUCGGCAUCCGGACGUACAAAGUGCUCCCGUUAUCCACCCGAUCCGGCCUGAUGGAGUUUGUGCCAAAUACGCUGCCUUUACACUCAUGGGUCAUGCCUGCACACGAAAGAUACUAUCCAAACGACUACAGGUCAGAUAGAUGUCGCAAGGAGAUUGGUGCUUGCCAGUCAGACUCUCUCGCCACGCGCGUCAAAGUCUGGAAGAAGGUGACCGACAACUUCCACCCUGUCAUGAGGUAUUUCCUGCUCGAGCGCUUCGAAGAUCCCGAUGAAUGGUUUGAGCGCCGCCUAGCAUACACACGCUCAACAGCCGCUAUCUCCAUUCUCGGCCACGUCCUCGGUCUCGGCGACCGGCACUGCCACAACAUCCUGCUAGACGAAAAAUCUGGCGAAGUAGUCCACAUUGAUCUCGGCGUCUCCUUCGAAGCCGGCCGCGUCCUGCCCAUCCCCGAAGUCGUCCCUUUCCGCCUAACCCGUGACCUCGUCGACGCAAUGGGCUACACAAAAACAGAAGGCGUUUUCCGCCGCUCCUGCGAGUUCACCAUGGACACCCUUCGCGAGGAACGCGAGUCCAUCAUGACCCUACUCAACGUGCUGCGCUACGAUCCGCUUGUGAACUGGAGCGUCACUCCCACGAAGGCGAAGCGCAUGCAAGAAGGCGACGCGACCAGCACUGCGCGCGGACAAAGCGUCAUGCCAGGCGGGACGCCGGGUCCGCCUGGGAGCGUCGUAGAGCAGGAGGUUCUACACGAGAGUCUCAAGAAGAAGGAGAAGGAGGAUCAGGCGGGUGAGGCGGGCAGGGCGCUGAGUGUUGUUGAGAAGAAACUCAGUAAGACGCUGAGUACGAAGGCGACAGUUAACGAGCUUAUCCAACAGGCUACGGAUGAGAACAAUUUGGCGGUGCUGUAUAUGGGCUGGGCGAGCUAUACGUAGUUUUCGGUGGAAGUUAGUGGAUUUAAAAGGGCAAGCACGGCGUUCUGGGGCGUACAGGAUAAAAUUGCGUUGCUCUUCUCGUACGAGCAUGGCGUCUUGAAGCAUCGAGCAUUCACGCAAGGUUCCUCCCGUACAAGCAUCACG